UUUGUUUCUCCGAUCAGAUCCAAUUUCAAAGAACAACAGUAACAUUUGGAAUCUCUUCUACGCCGCGCGAUGUCUCUCCGCCGCUCUAUCCUCGGUCUCCACCGCCAAACCCACAACCUCUCCCUCUCAAAGGCUUCACCUUUCUCGAUGAGUAACACCUCCUCUGCCUCCGCCGCCGUGAGAAACCCAAUCGGAAGAGAGAUCUCCUCGAUCCCAUUUGCCCUAACCCAGAAACCGAAACCGGACUCCGUGAAUCGUUCUCUCGGGGGGCAAUCUGAUCUCGCGAAAUUCGCGCGUCUCCCAUCGUCUCGAGGUUACAGUAACGCAGCUCUCAUAAGGAAGAUCCCUAUUCUGUUUCACAUUAAUGCAGGGAUGGAGGAAGUUUUGGCGGAUUAUGUUCACCAGGAGAUGACGAGGAAUCUGAUGGUGAUCUCUCUCGGGUUGUUUCAGAUUAUCGUUAUCAAAGAUGUUAUCGUGUUUCUUUGCUUCUGAGCAAAGGUAAUGUCUUUUUGGGGGAAUUCGAUUACAUGUUAAAAGUCCGUCCCUUUUUUUUUAAUGAAUAAGAACAUUGAUGCAAUCGCAUCUUAACAGCCUUUCUUGUGUUGGGUUUAGUUUGUGUAUGGCUUUUAAGUGGAAUUCUAAGUGUGUGUUUGAAGUCUGUUUUACUUCAUGUUUUCGAGUCAGGAGUUUGUUCCUGAGAAGGAUAUUAAGAGAAUUGAAUAAAAUGAGAUGUUUUUCUCAGCUCUAUUCUUUGCAAUUUCAUCAAAUGUG